AUGUCUGCCGCACAACUCUUGAAUCCGAAGGCCGAGUCGAGGAGGCGGGGUGAAGCGUUGCGGGUCAACAUCAGCGCCGGCGAGGGCCUCCAAGAUGUUCUUAAAUCGAACCUGGGCCCCUUGGGCACCAUCAAAAUGUUAGUCGACGGCGCUGGCCAGAUAAAACUGACCAAGGAUGGCAAUGUCCUCCUCCGCGAGAUGCAAAUACAAAACCCCACUGCUGUCAUGAUCGCGCGGGCGGCAACAGCUCAAGACGACAUUUGCGGUGAUGGCACAACUUCAGUGGUGUUGCUGUUCCUCGACCAGUUCAAGCUUCCCCGCGAAGUCGACCGCGAGCUCCUCUUGUCCGUUGCCAGGACCUCCCUUGCCACCAAACUCAGCGCCAGCCUUGCCCAGAGCCUAACCCCCGACAUCGUCGAUGCCGUCCUCGCCAUCUACCAAGCACCCGAGAAGCCCGAUUUGCACAUGGUCGAGAUCAUGAAGAUGCAACACCGGACAGCGUCCGACACCCAGCUCAUUCGUGGCCUUGCCCUCGACCACGGGGCCAGACACCCCGACAUGCCCAAGAGGGUCGAGAACGCUUACAUUCUGACUCUCAACGUCAGCCUAGAAUACGAAAAGUCAGAGAUCAACUCGAGCUUCUUCUACUCCAGCGCCGAACAGCGGGACAAACUUGUCGAGAGUGAGCGUCGCUUCGUCGACGCCAAGCUGAAGAAGAUUGUGGAGCUCAAGAAGGAGGUGUGCGGCAACGACCCGAAGAAGAACUUUGUCAUCAUCAACCAGAAGGGUAUCGACCCUCUGUCUCUGGAUGUGUUGGCCAAGAAUGGCAUCCUGGCGCUCAGGAGGGCGAAGCGGAGGAACAUGGAGAGACUACAGCUUGUUUGCGGCGGUGUUGCGCAAAACAGCGUCGAUGACAUGUCCGCUGAUAUUCUCGGGUGGGCCGGUCUCGUAUACGAGCAGCAACUUGGCGAGGAGAAGUUCACAUUCGUUGAGGACGUGAAGCAGCCCAAGUCGGUCACUCUUCUGAUCAAAGGCCCCAACCAGCAUACCAUCGCUCAGGUGACGGACGCGGUCCGCGAUGGCCUGCGCAGCGUUUACAACAUGAUCGUCGACAAGAGCGUGGUACCGGGAGCUGGUGCUUUCCAGAUUGCCUGCGCCUCUCAUCUGAAGAGCGAUGCUUUCGCGAAGACAGUGAAGGGCAAGGCUAAGUGGGGUGUUGAAGCCUUCGCGGAUGCUCUACUCGUCGUCCCCAAGACGCUUGCGGCCAACGCCGGUCUUGACGUUCAGGAUGCCAGUAAGUGCCAGCCCUCGCUGUCCGUAAUGACAUUGCUAACGUGUUCCCAGUUGCGACGCUUCAUUAUGAGCACCGUGAUGGCAACGUUGUGGGUCUUGAUCUGGCAACCCGGCGAGCCCAUGGACCCCACGCUCGAGGGCGUUUAUGAUUCUUUCCGGGUGCUCAGGAACUGUGUUGCAUCUAGCUGCGGUAUUGCCUCGAAUCUUCUCCUUUGCGACGAGAUGCUGAAGGCACGGCAGAUGGGGCGGUCCAGGUGGGCCUGCGUCCUGGGUAUGGAUGGCCCGGAAGAAUAA